AUGGAAACAAUGGACGUAGCUCAAGAAGGAACAUCGACGGUUUCAACGCCUGUUGUGGAAAAUGGACCUGACAAGAAUGUUACUGCCGAAGAAAUGACGUCGAGGGAUUAUUAUUUCGACUCAUAUGCACAUUUCGGCAUCCACGAGGAAAUGUUAAAAGAUGAAGUCCGCACUCUCACCUACAAAAAUGCCAUGUACCACAAUAAGCAUUUAUUUCAAGGAAAGACAGUCCUCGAUAUAGGCUGUGGAACUGGGAUCCUGUCGAUGUUUGCAGCUAAAGCAGGUGCUACCAAGGUCUUAGCGAUAGAGUGCUCCAACAUUGUUGACUAUGCUCGUAAAAUUAUUGAGGCAAACAGACUCGAUGAUGUCAUUGAGAUUAUUAAAGGAAAGGUGGAGGAAGUUGAAUUACCAGUUGACAAAGUGGACAUCAUAAUAUCAGAAUGGAUGGGCUACUGUCUAUUCUAUGAGAGUAUGCUUGAUACGGUGCUAUAUGCCAGAGAUAAGUGGCUCAAGCCAGAUGGGAUGAUGUUUCCAGAUAGAUGUACAUUAUUUAUAUGUGGUAUAGAAGAUCGGCAAUACAAAGAUGAGAAGAUCAACUGGUGGGAUGAUGUGUACGGCUUUGACAUGUCUUCAAUCAGGAAGGUGGCUAUAUCUGAACCCCUUGUAGAUGUGGUUGAUGCUAAACAGGUUGUCACGAAUUCAUCCUUAUUAAAAGAAAUAGAUUUAUACACAGUCAAGAAAGAGGAUCUUAAUUUUGAAUCAAAAUUCCAUUUGCAUGUCCGUCGGAACGACUUUAUCCAAGCCUUAGUGACGUACUUCAACGUUGAGUUCACGAAGUCACACAAACGUCUCGGGUUCAGUACCGCGCCGGACGCUCCCUACACGCACUGGAAGCAGACAGUCUUCUACUUUGAUGAUUUUAUGACGGUAAAGAAAUUCGAAGAGAUAACGGGUACAUUCUCGAUGCGCCAGAACGCAAGGAACAAUCGCGACUUGGACUUUGAGAUCGAGAUCGACUUCAAGGGGGAACUCUGUCAGGUCAACGAGAAGAAUCACUACAGGAUGCGCUAGUUUUGAUUAUUUUAAUUUUUUUUUAUGAAACAAAUUCAAGUAUAUUUUGUACAUGUUACCGUCUAGUAAGAUCACUUAUAUGUAUGUUCCGUAGCCGUGACGGAUUGACACAAUGUCUUCAUGUACAUGUUUAGUGAGAUUAGAAUUUUUAAUUGGUCGUACAGUAUUUUGUUAUUGUUGUUCAUUAAAUUCAUAUUUGUUACAACAAUGUCACCGAGACCAAGAGUCUAUCUUGCUUCUCGCAUCCUUCUACCAUCCAAUAGGUAGUCGGUUCGAGACUAGUUCACUGUUUUUUAUUGUCUCCACUGUCGUGUAGUUUGAAUUAUGUUCAUGAAUACUCACAAUUGGUUGCCAAACAAAUGUAUUUACAAUAGUAUUGUGAUAGCAAAUCUGACAGCUGCCUUGAAGUUAUCAUGUGAUAAUUAAAAAAAAAAUGUGUUUAUCAAUCGUCAUUGUUACCUGCAUGCAAGAGAAUGCCCUCCGCAGAGCUCGUGGUGUGCUGGAGGAGGUCUCUUCACACACAAACCAGUUUUUUGUUCUGUAAACUGCGGACGUGUACUGUCCGUGUGUGGAUAAUUCAUUAACUGUCCUUGCUGACAUAUUUAUAAGACUAAAAAUAAAAUACUUUCUUAUA